AUGCGGCCGAGAAAAGAGAUUCCACUCAUUGAACCGAGUUUGGGGGAAAGUGCGGAGAUCGAUCACGGAGAAGAGAACCCAUAUCGACCGUUGGAAGGAACUGGCUCAAGAGAAACAAAGUUUGCCUCACUUUGCGGCUACAUGACGCUACGGGGAUUGUUCCAGUUAAUGGGUCGAACAGUUGGCGCGUAUCCUUGGGCUUACAUUACUGUAGCCACUAUCCUCAGUCUGAACAGUUGUGGAAUGUACAAAAUGGUGCUAAAGGACCGAAUUCGUGACGGGUACACGCCGAUUAACGCUCCGUCGAGAUAUGAAACGGAUGCGAUACGCGAAUUUUGGAACUCAUCCGGCGAUCCAAUGAUGGCAAUUCUCUUGUUCAUCGCCAAAGAUGGAGGCUCAAUGCACCGAAAAGAACACCUUGAUGAGACUGAACGACUUUAUAACUACUUGAACAACAACUUCUCGGUGACUCACGCAGGCAAACGAUGGCGUUUCUUUGAAAUGUGCGAGCCUUACUGCAAUAUCAACAAAGUUUUUGAAAUGUUUAAGGAAGCUUUUGAUAAGCAAUACAGUCGAGUGACAGAUGGACAAAAUGCCUCGCAAACGACCGAUCUCCUCUUUCCCGUUGCGGAUAUUAAUGGAUAUGAGGUUCACCUAGAGCGCAGCUUUUUCGGCGUCAAGUCGAGGCCACAAUCUGGAGGCAAAGUAGCGGGUAAAGGAAUAGAGACUGUGAUCACGAAUAUGGAUCAUGUACAGGUGAUCUUGAUGUUGAUGCGAGGUGAUAAAAGCACGCGAGUUCAAGAAGAACUUCUCGCCAAAUGGGAGGUUGCAGCAUACGACUUUGCGUUGAGUGACAACUCGUCUUUAGUUGAAGUACAGGUGGUGGGCACAGAAAUUCUCGACAACGAGAUGAUUCGUGAUGGCCGUAGAAUGACGCCUUUCUUUGCCGCUGGUUUCGGCUUUAUGAUCUCUUUUGUGAGCAUUUGCGUCUUCUUCAGCGCUGUUUACUACGACGAAUUGGAUGUUGGGAAGAUCCUUUGUGCUAUUGGAGCCACGUUAUGCCCUAUUCUUGCGAUCACCUCAACUUAUGGAAUCGUUUCUCUUCUCGGCUUUCAUGUCAACUCUUUCAUGCUUGUCAUGCCAUUCUUGAUCAUGGGCAUUGGAGUUGAUGAUUCAUUCUUGAUGAUCCACUCUUGGCAACGAAUGUCCAGAUGCGGGUACACGGUGAUGCAACGAUUGGGAAUGGUUUAUGAAGAGGUCGGUCCAAGCAUCACAAUCACUUCAUUAACGAAUUUCUUGUCUUUCGGUAUUGGAGCUCUUACGCCGACACCAGAAAUUCGGAUGUUUUGCUUUGCGACAGCUAUGGCUACUGGAUUGGACUACAUUUUUCAGUUGUUGUUAUUCGGGCCGGUUCUGGCGUUAGCAAGUCAUUGUGAAAAACCCAGAGAGACGAAGGGAAAAUCACAUACUGGAUGGAGGCUAAAGGUUGAGAAAUGCUCAGAGCACGUGCUCAAAUUGUACUGCAAAUUGCUCAACAAUCGGCUCUUCAACAUUUUGAUCAUUGGUGCUACAGUGUGCUAUUGGUACUUUGGCAUUAUCGGAUUGAUGAACAUUCAAACGAGACUUGACGCGGUAAAAAUUCUGCCAAAGAACUCACCACUUCAGAAGCCGAAUCACUUGUUAAGCAAUAUUGUUUGGGCUGAAUACCAUCCGGUGACGAUUCUGAUCAACUCUCCUUUGGAUUUAAACAAUCAAACUCAAAUGCAUCGCUUCUGGAAACUUGUCAACGAGUUUGAAGCUUUGCAUCACUCAAAAGGCCCAGCUUCAUCAUUGAUCUGGCUAAGGGACUACUAUCGCUAUUAUCACUAUGGAGAGCCUUAUGAUAUUAUGUCACUGCUUUUUGGAGUAAAAGCUCAGAAGAAAGAAGAUCCGAUCGAUCCAUUCGUCGCGAAUGUCACCUACUCAAAGUUGGACACAUUUCUGAAGUCACCAUUUUACAAGCACUGGGAACAAUUUAUGAAAAUCGCCAAUACAAGCAACGGUCCGGUGGUGACUUGUUUCUGGAUGACGGUCGCUUAUUGCAAUACAUCGUCUUGGGAGACUCGGAUCGGAUUGAUGGAAGAUUGGAGGGCACUUAGCUACAGAUACAAAGAUCUAAAUGCGACUGUUUGGGAGCCAAAUGGGAUGUUCGUCGAUCAAAUGCUGAGUUUAAAGUCGGUGGCUUUACAGACAGGUGUGCUGACGUUGUUGUGCAUGGCGGUGGUGUGCGCGAUUUUCAUUCCAAAUCCAUGCUCUGUGAUCACUGCCUCGAUCGCCAUUGCUUCGAUCAGUUUAGGUGUGCUGGGUUUUCUCUCUUGGUGGCAUUUCGAUCUCGAUCCCGUUGUGAUGGCCGCUGUUUUGAUGAGCAUUGGAAUGAGCGUCGAUUUCACAGCUCACGUCUCUUAUCAUUAUCAGGAGAUCGUUGAUGGGAAAAUCGUGAAAGUUCGGGUAAAUGGGGCACAAGAGAAGUUGGAGCACACGCUACAGGCAGUUGGCUGGCCAAUGAUUCAAGCGGGUGUGUCGACAGUUGUUUGCAUCUUGCCACUUUUAUUUUUACAAUCAUAUUCCCCAUCAGUAUUCGUGGCGACGAUUUUCUUGGUUGUUUGUUGGGGAGUUUUACAUGGGUUACUUGUGCUUCCGGCUUUUCUCUGCUGUUUACCGGAUUGUUUGACAAAUGUGAACUGUUACCGCAUCUUUUUCUCGACGUCAAGCGAGAAGAGUUGCAGACUUCCUGGUAUUCCGAUCAAAAAAUCUCAAUCCCAUCAAAAGUCGAAUGAUAAACUGAAUGGUUGUCAUCAAAAACUGAAUGAGGAAUAUGAAGGACAGGAAGAUGCAGAACUGGAAAACAUUGCUGAUAUCAAGAACUUUGUGGGUGGUGAUUUGAAUGAGCUCACUGACGACAAAAUGAAAGCAUUCAUCAAGGUCAAGUGUCAAAAGGAUGAUGUGUUAGACGAUGGAUGCAAAGAGCUUUUUGAAAGCAAUAAAGUCUCGUUUAUUGAUGAAGUAAAAGCCGGCCUCUCACCGACUGAUAUUUGUCGUAACAGGAAUUGUACUUAUACAAAA